UGGCGGAGCCGCGCCGCAGUGAGUUGCGUAACAUAAGCACACUCGUCUCCAAGCGCUACGCCGAACAAAACUUUCGCCCCGUGCGCGCCGACGGAAUGGAAAAGCGUAAAACAACAUAACUUUCUCGCGGAGCGCGCCCUUCAAUUCUUACAUGAAAAGUUGCAUUCUACUUAUUGGAUAUUAUCGGCAAUCUCUCGGACUUCAGCUUUUGGCUUUUCUUUUUUAGUUCUUAAAGUUUUCUUCAGAAGUUGACUGUGCGAAAAGUGGGCCGAUGCGGGAUUCGCCGGCCGCGUAUUUAAUAGUGAGAACGUUCUGAGUGUUGUGUUUAAUUUGUUUUGUUUUUGCUUUGCUUGACGGCGAGUGGUGGCAACGGACGGUGAGCGGUGACGGCGCUGGUGGUAGGAAUCGAUACUGCGGUGGGAGCGGUGAAGGUGUCAUCGACAUGUUGAGGCGACGGGCGAGUGUGCGAGCGGGUUGAUCAUCUCCACAUGCCGAAAACACUCUGCAGUCAGCAGAAAGAUGUCCUAAUAUGGGUUGGUCAUGCGUGGUGGCACGCGUCGUGGCCUGCUUCCUCAUGCUCGGAAGAGUCUCCGCACUCACAUCCGACAUCUUCGCAGCGGGAAAGUCGGACAAAGAGAUACUGGACAAUCUUCUGAAAAACUCCCGCUAUGACAAAAGGCUGCUUCCGCCAGUUGAUGAUCCGGAAUUUUGUUGUGGGCUAACAUCGCCAAACGACUCUCUGUCACAAAAUAAAGUGGGGUUUUCGUCGCUGCGGCCCCGCUCGCACAACCGUGGCGUCCUCACCGUUAACGUUAGCGUGCUACUUCUUAGUUUAGCGUCUCCAGAUGAAUCUAGUCUCAAAUACGAGGUAGAGUUUCUUCUGCAGCAGCAAUGGUACGACCCUCGGUUGCGGUACUCCAACCAGUCGCACUACGAUUUCCUCAACGCCAUCCACCACCACGAGGACAUCUGGCUGCCUGAUACCUACUUCAUCAUGCACGGUGACUUCAAGGAGUAUUCUCAACAUUCAUGGGAUCCAAUAAUACCGAUGCAUUUCGCAUUGCGUAUUUACCGCAACGGUACCAUCAACUAUCUGAUGCGACGGCAUCUGAUCCUAUCCUGUCAGGGGCGGCUCAACAUCUUUCCUUUUGAUGACCCAUUGUGUUCAUUUGCCUUAGAGAGUAUAUCAUACGAGCAAUCAGCGAUAACGUACGUGUGGAAGAAUGACGAGGACACGCUCCGGAAGUCACCGUCGCUGACUACCCUGAACGCGUACCUUAUUCAGAACCAAACCAUCCCGUGCCCCAUCAAGGCGAGCUGGAGAGGUAACUACAGCUGUUUAAAAGUCGACCUAAUAUUUACAAGAGACCGAGCGUUCUACUUUACAACAGUAUUUAUCCCGGGAAUAAUCCUGGUGACGUCAUCUUUCAUCACGUUCUGGCUGGAAUGGAACGCGGUGCCAGCCCGGUCCAUGAUAGGUAAUUACAGCUGCCUGAGGGUGGACCUCAUCUUCACGCGGGAUAGAUCAUUUUACUUCACCACAGUUUUUAUUCCCGGCAUCAUAUUGGUGACAUCAUCGUUUAUUACUUUUUGGCUGGAAUGGAAUGCCGUGCCUGCUAGAGUCAUGAUAGGUGUAACGACGAUGUUGAAUUUUUUCACAACAUCAAACGGUUUUCGGUCGACUCUGCCGGUGGUGUCAAAUUUGACAGCUAUGAACGUUUGGGACGGAGUGUGUAUGUGUUUCAUCUACGCGUCGCUAUUGGAGUUCGUAUGUGUGAACUACGUGGGUCGGAAGCGGCCCUUACACAAUGUAGUGUACCGCCCGGGAGAAAACCCUGUCACCCAGCGACUGCCCGCAGUGUUGAGCAGAAUUGGCAUUAUACUGGCCAGCCCCCUGGAGGCGGUGGCAUUCCUCAGUUGGGCAAUGUCAGAGACGCCGCCGCCGGAGCCUAGUGGUGCUGGUGAUAAAAAGCGGGAUUCCGCGGGGGCUGCGGAUCUGGUGACGUGUGCAACAUGUACCGGCCCGCCCGGGUCCUGUACCCACACCACCAACAACGGGGGUGUCUCCGAGCCAUGUUUCGUCCAGGUUCGCAAAAAAGAACCGCCGCACCCGAUCCGCGUGGCCAAGACCAUCGACGUCAUCGCGCGCAUCACCUUCCCCACUGCCUACGCCGUGUUUCUCAUCUUCUUCUUCAUCCACUACAAAGCCUUCUCUUAAUGCUGUCUCCGCUACUCCGCUGUGCCGGGCCGCUUCACAGACAUAUACUCCUAGGUAUUGUGUAUUUUUACAUCCUAUAUUUUUACCAAUAUCGUCACAAAUUUGUAUAAAGUACGCUGAUAUUUUUGAUGAGUGUCAACAUUCGUUACGAAUUGUGAUUAUACCCACUAUGGGUAUCAUAUUUAACUUAAAACAUAGAUAUAAGGACAAAUUAAGCUGAAGGCUAUCGUUGCAGCUUUCUAUUGUUAAAUAAUUAGUGUCGGUAGAGAUGGAUGCGAAUUUUCUACAGGUUUUGAAAUAGUUUUCGUUGAAAAUGUUCAUAGGUCGAUGUUUAUAAUGUACGAGGUAAGAUUUACUUUCUUGUGUAUAUGAAAACUUAUGAUAGGAUAAUGAGGGAUCAAUAAUGUAAUAUAUGAAAAUCUUGUAUCAGUGACACUAGAGGGUUCUACACUGUAUCUGUGAAUGUGGAAGUGGUCGGUGAGAAGGAUGUUCCAUCGUCCUGAGAUAAAGAAAUCUAUUUCAAACCUAAAGACAGUCCAGUUGUAUUAAACUGCUUAUACUAAAGUAAGAUAGUAAAAGACAUUAUAACUUUUAUAUAUUUGGAUCUAAUCACCAUAGUCAUUAGUUUAUUCAUAUACACCCAAAUAAGUUGUGAUAUAAUUAUUAAAGGUUGAUAUAUGUUUAUGUGGUACAUUGGCUCGUUUGAAAUAUUGAGCAAUUUAAAAAUUGUUUGACUUAAUUAUGUUCACAAUAAACGCUGUUAAUAAGUAUAUUAAGUAUAGACAUUUACGUAAAGCUCAAAUUGUUGUAAUCUCUAAAGUUUAAAAUACUUAUGUGUUUUUAUCUCAUAUACACGUGAUGGCUUGUUUGACAUUUGCUUUAUGAACUACUGCCAUAAUAAAUAUUUCGUUUCCGCUCGAAAUUAUCACUAUAAUUGUAGAUAUAAAUAAAAAUCGCUAAACUUCAAUAAUUAGUCAUACAAAUCACGUCUAUAUGAGUUAAAAGAGAAAUACCUUUUUGUUUUAAUCGGUAGUUGUUGAUAAUUAGUUCUUGUAAAUUAAUUUAUUAUUGUUACUAUUGAAUGGCACUUUAUUGUUUAUACUAACCAUGAACAUGCCUUCUUCUGAUGAAACUCUAUACCUAAUUUGCCUGAAAACGUUUUGCUAGUUAAAUUAUAAUGUUGUUUAAGUACCAGCUGUAAAUAAAAUUAAAUUGAUUCAAUUACACCUGUCAAUACGUAAGGUAUAUAAAUGUGUACCAAAUAUGGUACACUUAUAAAAUUUUGUGCUGUGAGGUCAUGUAAUGUAGUCGAAUUUGUCGCAAUUUUUAUAGUUUUCGAUUUAUAUUUUGCCUUGUAAUUUGAUGCUAUUGCAAGCGAUAGAAAUAUUAACUAGGUAUACUUAUAAACUAAAUAAGUGAAGUGAACAUUAAAAACAUACAUAAUAUGAUCGAAGUUACUUUCGAAAAUCAAUCAAAAAUUUAAUCAAUCGUUUCGAUCGACGUUAUGCCUUUUGCUUUUUAAAGCGCGGACCAAAGAGUCAACUGUUUUGGAAAUAGAUUUAUGUCUAAAUUAUUAUAUUAUAUCUAUAUAUAAAAAGUAAACAAUACAAUAUAAGAAAAAGUGUUUAGCUGUGCUUUGCUAUUUGAUUUACAUUGUAUAGGAACUUUAAAAAAAUAAUAAAAAUCACAGCACAAUAGGACGUUGUUAGACAUGUCUGCAGUUCAACACUGUAAAAAUAUAAAUAUUUCACAGAGCUAUCUAGUACCUUUUACCUUAAUUUACUUUUAUUUCUCAUUUCAAAGCUUAAACAAAAUCCUUGUACCGUGUCAGUAAAAGAGAACAAUAUUAGAGAAAGAACUUUAUUAGGAAUAGAUACAUUGCAGCAGUCAAUGAUAUGCAUGGGUACGUAAAUGUCCUAAAUACUUUAAUUGUAAAGAAAAGUAAAUUCAGAAACCAACGUUAUAAUAUACAAAACCCCUGUAUGCAAGUUACUGAACCUUGCCUAGCACUUAGCAAAGCACUCUUGUGUUAGGCUAGCACUUAUUAAGUGUACAACGUCCUUUCAUAUUACUUAAAAAAAAUCUUAUUGUGUUUACCUGAUCUUUCGACUUCUUCUACAGUCUUUUACAAAUCGUUAUUAAAAAUGUAAACUAUUUUUGAAAACACUAUGCUACAAUCACUUACAACUUUCGUAAAUUCUACUUGAUGUUACUCGUUGAGUUCCAAUAUGAUCUCUGUUACUUAUAUAUAAAAAGAACCUACGUUUCUUAACUACCUAUUUAUGUAUUAAAAUAUUAUAUUAAACAUUAAAAGUACCUAUAAAUAAUGACCAUUCCUUAAAUUUUUGGGUAGACACAAAGUGAUACUACUUUAAUUCGCAAUUUAUACUAUUAAUGUAAGAUAAAAAUAACAUAUCAUUCGCUUUAUAAGAUACAUACUUAAAUUAUGCUACAUGUUAAACUUAUAACCAUAUUCUAUGCUGCCUUUACAUAUAUAUAUAUAUAUAUAUAUAUAUAUAUAUAUGAUAUUCUUUACAUAAUUGCAAUACAACAUACUUACAACAUAUUAUUUUGUUGUUUAAUAAUGUAUCGAUAAAUUCAAAAUGUACUUAUACAUACUUUUUUAUUACGAAUUGCAAUCACAUUAGAUAGGUUCAAAUACCUAUAGCGUACUGUUUAAGGACACGUAGAUACCUACAUAGGUGUAUAUUUUUAUGCCAUAUUCUUUAUUGAAACUGUUGUAUGCAGGGGGUGAAGAAGGCCAUAUCGAAGCUAUUAAUUUAAAAAAAACAAUAUUUCAAUUACAUUUGCGCAUAUAAAAAUAAGUGCGCAAUUCAAACAUUAUUAUAAUUCCUUUUAAGAUGAAUUGCUUCGAUGUGGCUGUUUUAACCCCUCCUUCUCAAUAAUAUGUUGGACAACCCUCACGUCAUUCACCGAAACAACUAUUAUUAGUUUCACCACGGCCAAAAUAAAAGUUGUUAAAAAAGCUAUACGUUUGUAAAACGUCUUUGUUUGUCAAAUAUCUGAAGUUUAUCACUUUAGAAGUGAAUAAAAAAUAUAUGGAAUGGUUACAAAUAAUAUAAAAUAUAUAAAUCCUUUAUUUUUUAUUUAUAACGUCUAAAUACGUAUACAAUACUAUGUAGGUAUGUUUAUUAUUUUUAGAGCUCAUUUAACAUAAAGCUCCUCCCCUUGUGACUAUCGAAUCAAGAGUGAAAUUACAAAUCUAAAAAUCGCCCAAAAUGAGAGAUUUAAAUACCUAGUACAAAUAAGUCGCUUGCUAAUAAUAUAUUUAUCCAAUAAGUGUUUUGUACCUAAUUAAGGUAUAUUUGUACCAUAGUGUGCUGUACCAUAAAAACAAUAAUACCGUAGUAUGUCUUGCAACGUUCCCGACGUGUACCUACCCUUCAAUUGCUUUAGCACUAGGCUGCACAGGUCGAGUGAAUAGCUAAUUAUUACAACAGGGUAAAGGCCACAUCGAAAUCGAAGCAAUUCUAAAAAAAGCAAUAUUGCUCUUUGACAUUUGCGCAUAUAAAAGUUACUGCGCAAUGCAAACAAAUGUCAAAUUAUAUAAUUAUUGCUUUUUAGAUGAAUUGCUUCGAUGUGGUGUUUUUAACCCCUCAGAACGUUAUCUUAAUUUAUGAAUUUACUUAUCCAGAAAUAAUAAUACUCUUGAAUACCCUGUAGUCGAAUAGACGUGUAGUCGAACUAUUAAAUUAGUUUUUGUUAUUAUAUCCUAUCCACAAAAAGAUUUUGUGAAUGUCAAAAUACUCAAAAUUGUUAUUAUUAGCGCACUCAGUACCUUACUGGUAUUAUUUUUUAUUGUAUGUAUAUAUGUAUUAUUUUGUAUUAUUUUUUAUUUUAUUUUUUUGUUUUAUAUUAUUUUGUUGUUUUUUUCAUUAUUAUUAUAUUUCAAAACGAAGACUUUAUUUUUAGGUUGAAUUAGUUAAUUGUGGUUAAUAAUUAUGUAUUACUAACGGAAAAAAAAACAACUUUUCAUACGCCGCUGAAGCCUAUCUAGAUAAAGAAUUCGUGUGAAUAAUAAUUGUACAAUAUAAUCUUUUAGUAGUAAUGUUAAGUGAAACUGUAAGUAAUAUUUGAGAUGCACGAAAAGACAUUAGUGAGAUAUAUAAAACCUACAUAAUAAUAGCAAGAAUAUGUAUAUCUUGCAUCCGGUGAUUCUUGUAGAGUAUUUAUUAACCUACCUAUCUAAGUAAAGGAGCACGUUGUUAAUUAUUAUGUCAAACAAAUUUUUAAUACUUUCUUUAAUUACUUAAUAAUAAAACUUAGGCACCAAUCCGUUAUUUUCCAAAUUUAAACUGCCCAAGUACCUACCUUUACUUCAAAAUUUUAAGAUUUUUCUGCAAAAAAUGGUUACGAACAAGUGUUUGUCGAGGAUGUUUAAUGUGUUCAGAUAAAAUGUACAAUACGAUCAAUUAUUAAAGAUAUUAAUGCACUUGACAUUGAUUUGCGCCCCAGUUUGGGCGCCAAAUUCUAUAUGGAGAAGACGUCAAUCUUUUAAGAAGGAUUUUGAUCACCUAUUCAGCAGAAAAAUCUACAGAAAAAGUCUUAUUCAAGUCUUACACAGCUUAUAACGUAUUACUAAUAAUAUCAAGUAAGUCUCGUAUAUCCCGUACCUACUUAGCACAGUUAAAAGUAGGCGUUAGACGAGUGUUGCAAUAAAGCCUUAAGUACGUAAUGUUGCAAGGAAUAACAAAGACAUCAAACAUUUAUUUGCCUUAAAUUUCUAAAGCAUUAUUAUUAAUAAUGUAAACGUAAAGUAAGAACUGUAUUUUCUAAAAAAAUAAAAUAAAGUCCGUCAUGUUAAAAGUAAAAUGAAAGCAUAAACAUAUUUUUAUUAUACUUAAGAAAAACAAUCGUAUAAAAGUAGUUUCAAUGACGAGAUUCGCGUAUAAAGUAUCAAAUUUUAUAGUUCACUGGUUUAUCCGGCAAUUAGAGGCAUUUUGCAUAGAACAUAGUUUUCUCACGAAGCUAUUACGAGUGCACCGCACUUCCUGCACUCGAUUUUGAAUGCUAAAACACAUUAUGUUUAGUUUAGUUAAUUAUUUAUGAAUUGCAACCACACGUUCAUAUUUUGUACUUAUAGUUAGAAUUUAUAAAAAUGAACACCGACACGCAUCGCCUUUGUAAAUAAAUGUCAACGCGAUGACCGUCUGUUUGUAUUGUGGCAUUGUAAAUAAUUUUAUUGUAAAAUUUAUGAAUUACAAUUUUCAUCAAA